AUGAGUAGCUAUGACCGCAGCAAAGAUUUUGUAAUCGAUAUUUAUAAAGAUAUCGGGCGGCCGACAAGCCGCCUCCCUGGCAUCAAGGUGAAGUACCUGUUCCUUGCCUGGCUGGGCAUUUUUGUGGGCAGCUGGGUGGUCUACAUGCAUUACUCUUCUUACUCCGAACUCUGCCGAGGACACGUCUGCCGGAUGAUCAUUUGUGACCAGUAUAACAAAGGAAUCAUCUCCGGGUCCUCUUGCAAAGACCUGUGUGAGGACCACACGCUGGCGCUCCAGCAGUGCCUGUCAUCCUCUCCAACCCACCAGGUGUACAGCGGACUCUGGAAGGAGAAGGAAGUGAUCAUUAAGUGUGGAGUUUCCGAGGCCCUGAAGGUUGACAGCAGCCCAGACGCUGCGCCCAGGAGAGAGGUGGUUCUCUUUGACAAGCCCACAAGGGGGACGUCGAUGGAUGAAUUCCGAGACAUGCUGUUUAAUUUCUUAAAGUCCAACCUGGGAGACCAGCCCUCUCUUGCAGCCUUAGUGAACAAAAUCAUUACUGUGGCCGAUGUCAGCCAGGAUGGCAAAUUGUCUCUGGCUGAGGCCAAGUCCAUGUGGGCGCUGCUCCAGCAGAAUGACUUUCUGCUCACCCUGUCUUUGCAUGAGAAAGAACACACCUCCAAGCUGCUUGGGCACUGUGGGGACCUGUACAUCACGGAGAAGAUUACCCACACCUCCUUCUACAACAUGGACGUCCCUCCGUUUCUGCAGCCACUGUUGCCUUCCGCCAUCCAGAGAGUUAUCCACCAGUGGUUUUCCCCGGCGUGGCCACGGCGAGCCAAAAUUGCCAUAGGCCUUCUGGAGUUUGUGGAGGAGAUCUUUCACGGCGCCUAUGGGAACUUCUACAUUUGUGAGACCGGCUUCAGGAACAUGGGCUACAACAAGAAGUACGACUUCAAGAUCGUUGACCUGAGGAAGGUGGCGACAGAGAUGACGAUCCGGCAGUUCCUUAAGGGGCGCCAUUGUGAGCAGAACAUUGACUGUACCUACGGGAAGGACUGCGUGGCACCCUGCGACAAGCUCAUGAAGCUGUGCAAGAGUGACGUGGUCCAGCCCAACCUGGCAAAAGUGUGUGGCCUUCUCCAAGAGUUCUUGCUCCACGGAGUGCCCCCGGACUUAAGAGAAGAGCUGGAGAAGCAGCUGAAGACUUGCACCACCCUCAGUGGCUUGGCAAGCCAAAUGGAAGUCCAUCACUCACUCGUGCUGAACGGUCUCAAGACUCUGUUGUGGAAAGAAAUUUCAAAUACCAAAUAUUCGUAGAGAUCGGGGGGCACAGGAAGGGCAAAAGCUGCCAGGACGAACCGGGAUUUAUCUCAUUCUCCCUCCCGGCCGACAUGACCAGCAUUGCUCCUCGGGCCGGUGAGGGAGCGUAGCUGCAGAGCAGCAGGAAGCCUCUGGGCCUGGCGGAAGGGACAAGGAGCCCGCAGAAAGGGGCCCUCUUCCACCUUGAGGGGCCGCUAGCGAGAGCUGCUGUAGCGUUUGCGGUUCAACUUGGACACUCCUCGUGUAAAUAAACGGCACUUCUCUGAUUGGUCCCCCUACAGAGGUGGCGGAGGUGCUUUUAAAACCCUCUUUGCGGCCUGGCAGCAAAGGAGCUGCAAAUUAAUUUGGCACCGUUUCAGAGUCGUCAGCAAUUUAGCUCUUAGAAUUUUUCCAGGACGGCCAAAGCUCAAAAGCCUGCUCUGCCUGUGUACAAUGCAGCUUAGCUGAGGCAGACAAACUCCCAAAAGUCUUGUGCUCCUGUCCCC